CAGUGUUGUGGUCAAGUGGUUUUAAUUUUAAAAAUGUCCCAAGAAGAACUUAUCCUUCUUCAUCAGAAAGUUAUAAAUUUUCAUAGAGUUUUUAUAAACUGGGCUUCAUUGAACUGCAUCUAUCAAUCGGCUGGAAGGAAUGUUCAACGUCUAAAACUGACAUUCGUACCACUUUACUGCGUUACCGCAUUACUUUUCUGUGUCUACACUGCUAUGACUACUGACAAUCAAAUUUCUUUGUUUUAUUGCAUAAUAAUUGCUGUAUGCUUCUAUCAAUGUUGUUUCAAAUUUUACUGCUUUAUGGUUGCAUACCGAGGAGAUUUUACGAAGAUGCUGGAAUACAUGGAAUUCCUUACGAAGCCCACAGAUUUACCUUUUGCUGACGAGAUUCGUGGACUAAGACUCAGAAGGAACAUCAAAUUUAUCUUAUGGUUUACCAAAAUGUUUGUGGCAGCAAGUAAUUCGAUAGCAUGCAUUGUAACCCUAUAUGCUCUCAGCGAGACAAACUACUGCUGUCCAUUGUUUUUCAAAAUUCCGUCAUUUAUAAUUGAAGAAGAAAAUUACCUAAAACGUCCCAUUUCUAUCAUUUUCAGCUGCGUAGCGUACUUCAUCCUAGUCCAAAUCAUGAUGUGCUCAGAUUCCGUGUUCUUUAUGAUUUUAGCCUAUUUCGAAGGCAAUUUGACAGCACUCGUCGAAGUCAUUCAGCAUCUCAAUGAUACAGAAACAGCUAAAAAAGACGCUUGCAAGAUUCUUCGCUACGUUUAUGAAUACCACUGCGACGUCUUGAUACAUUUGAGAAUCUUUCGUAGAAUCUACUGGCACUUAAAUAUUCAUUUUAUAACAACUAAUUUCAUAGCUAUUUGCCUACUUCUCUUCAUGAGUCGCUUCUACGAGUCCCCUAUUGCAACUUAUUUGGGAGCUGGUACUGCAAUAUUUCAGCUAUUUUUCGUUUGUUUCUGCGGGCAGAUUCUUAGGAAUCGCACGGAAGCCAUUGGAGAUGCUCUUUACCAUACUCGUUGGUAUGAAAUGAACCGUAGGGAAAAAAUAACGGUUCUCAUUAUAAUGACAGCAGGGCAAGAACCAAUUGGACUUGACGCUGGAGGCAUCAUGCCUAUAUCUUUCAACACGUUUGCAAAUGUGAUGAAGACAGCUUUAUCUUACGGAGCUAUACUUUACACCCUAAUUGAGUAAAUUUAGUAAAACAUGAAAAAACUGUGCUAAUUCAUAAUAAUAAUAUUAAUAUUUUUAACAACAUGUUUGUGGCACUCGGUGUUUUGAGCAAUAUUAACAAAUUUUAAACUCAUAUGAAAUAAUUAAAUUUUCAAUCUCUUAAAAACUUUUGUCAGAGCAUAAUAUAUUGCAAUUCACUACCAAUCCACCAAUAGUCAGUCGAUUAAUUUACAGCCCCAUUACGUGGUACAAUUUACUGAAAAAUAAUUUCUGUCAUUUCUGUACAACACAUGUUAUCUCCGUAUUAAAAUGAGACGUAGUAAAAAUCAUUCACAUCAAUUAUUUAACGACACAAUCAAAAUAACAGCAUGAGGGGACAGUGAAUAAAAUACAUUUAUUAAAUCACUUAAUUUAUGUAAUUGAAUUUAUUUAUGUAACAACAAAAUGUAGACUACAUAAAUUAGUGAUGGAAUUGUAGAGUUGUAAGUGCAAUUGCUACUUUAUUUCUGCAAGUCAAACAUGCAAAUUGAUUUUCCUGGCUGAGAGAUGGAAAAUGUGUUAAUUUUGUAAUGUUUUGCAAGGUAAACCUUUAUUUUGCACACCGCAAGAUGUUCAACCAAUUUGUCACAUAGAAUAUGCUCCUUUGACAUGGAGAUCUUCUAUGUCCAACAUAGACCCCACUUUGUGUUGUCGCAACUAACCUGUUGCAAGUAACUCUAAACAUGUCUUUUAAUUAAACACACCUUGCCUCUUGCUAUCAUCGCAAUUGUCGCUGUAUUCAGUUGGUUGGCGAGGCAGAAAAAAAGAGUUAUAAUAUAUUUCAAUUGAUAUAAUUUGCGCAAUUGGCAUUGCUAAUUGACUCUUGUCUCAAAAUGCAUCCACGAGUACUGAACACGCAAGACUUCUCAACAGUUCUUCUGGAGCUCAAAUCCCUAACAAUACGCUGCAAGUGUCUCCAAUGUUGUAUUUGAAUGUUGCCAUCUCUAAUAGUUACUAAUGGACAAUUCACAGUUGUUAACAGCCAGAGGGUAUUCAAUUAGCGAAGUAGA